UCGUCUGAGUCCGCACUUCUCAUGCAACUUCAAUGGGGUGUACUGACGUGAUCUCUCUCUCUCUCUCUCUCUCUGUCUCUCUCUCUCUCUCUGUCUGUCUGACUGUCUCUCUCUCUCUCUCUCUCCCUCUCUCUCUCUCUCUGUCUCUCUCUCUCUCUCUCUCUCUCUCUCUCUCUCUCUCUCUCUUGCUCUCUCGUUCCUUCUCCUCUCUCUCCUCUCCUCCCCCAGUAGUAGACCAUGGUAGAUUUGUUCCUAGGUCGUUCACUAGUAUGUAACAACAGAGACCGUGUUGAGUACGAUACGGAACGGGAGGUCAUCCUCCGUCUCCAGAACCGUAUCCUGCUCCUGUUCUUUGGUUCAGUAGACAGCCAACGGUGCCAGGAGUUCAUCCCCACACUUAAGGACUUCUUCAAGCGUCUAACAGAUGAGUUCUACGUGGAAUGCUCCGCCCAGUUGGUCCUUCUGUACAUCAGCCUGGACCAAUCAGAGGAGCAGCUGGAGAUCCUCCUCAAAGAGCUGCCCAAGAAAUGCCUGUUUCUGACCCACAAUGACCCCUAUCGCAGAGAGCUGGAGUCUAUGUUUGAGGUGGAGGAUGUACCGAGGGUGGUGGUGCUGCGUCCAGACUGUUCUGUUCUAUCUCCCAACGCUGUCUCUGAGAUAAGCAGCCUCGGAACCAACUGCUUCCACAACUGGCAGGAAUCAGCUGAGCUUAUCGACAGGAACUUCAUGCUGAACGAGGAGUUUGAUGACAAAAAGAUGAGGAGCGUCACCGACCCGAUACGCCGCCUCAAAUACAAGGUGAAGAAGAAGAAGAAGAGGAGGAGGUGGGGGUGGGGGGGUGGUGGAGCCGGAGAGGAUGAGGAGGACGAGGAGGACGAGGAGGAGGAGGAG